GUCUCUCCCCCUGUCAGUCUGUGAGCAGCACCGAGAGGAUCCAGCUCUCCCAUCCGCAGCACCCAGCUGCACCCAACUGCACCCAACCCUGCAACAGCUGCACCCAGCUGCACCCAACUGCACCCAACCCUGCAACAGCUGCACCCAACUGUACCUAACUGCACCCAACUGCACCCAACCCUGCAACAGCUGCACCCAACUGUACCUAACUGCACUCAACUGCACCCAACCCUGCAACAGCUGCACCCAACUGUACCGAACUGUACCCAGCUGCACCCAACCCUGCAACAGCUGCACCCAUAUCACCCAACUGCACCCAACUGUACCCAACUGCACCCAGCUGCACCCAACUGCACCAGCUUCACCCAGCUGCACCCAACUGCACCCAGCUGCACCCAACCCUGCCACAGCUGGAGCUCCAGGAUACCAGAUCGUUACAGAAGUGACUCCGGAUCAUCACAAUGUCUAUGACAGAAUUUACCCUGCUGCGGUGGCUCAGAGAGGGCAGACAAUCCCGUAAAUUAAUACUUCUGAUCGUAUUUAUAGCUCUGCUAUUGGACAACAUGCUUCUCACUGUAGUAGUUCCCAUAAUCCCCAGUUAUUUGUACACAAUGACGCACGAAGGAAACAGCAGCCAGGAUGAGGCCCACCCCUCCACGGCCCCCGGUGGGUCCCACAGCAUCUUCUCUUACUACGACAACACUACGGUGACCAUCACCAACUCCACGAGGAGCACCCAUCAGCCGCGGUCGGCCGUGACCCCAACAUCGUCUCCCAGCCCCUCUCCCCCCACUGCGCCCCCCGCCGACUGCCCCAGGGCAGAUUCCAGUUUACUGAAUGAAAAUGUCAAAGUUGGUUUAUUGUUUGCGUCAAAGGCGACGGUGCAGCUGCUGACCAACCCAUUCAUUGGGCCCAUGACUAACAGGAUCGGAUACCAGAUCCCAAUGUUUGCCGGAUUCUGCAUUAUGUUUGUCUCUACAAUCAUGUUUGCCUUCUCUGGGAGUUACGCUUUGCUCUUCAUAGCGAGAUCCCUCCAAGGAAUUGGCUCGUCCUGUUCAUCCGUAGCAGGUAUGGGCAUGUUGGCCAGCGUGUAUACGGACGACGAAGAGCGGGGUAACGCCAUGGGCAUCGCAUUGGGAGGACUGGCUAUGGGGGUGUUAGUCGGACCCCCGUUCGGCAGUAUCCUAUAUGAGUUUGUGGGGAAGACGGCUCCUUUCCUGGUACUGGCUGUGCUGGUUCUGUUCGAUGGAGCCCUGCAACUGUUUGUCCUGCAGCCGUCUCGGGUUCAGCCUGAGAGUCAGACGGGAACCCCUCUCCUAACCCUAAUUAGGGACCCCUACAUCCUCAUUGCAGCAGGGUCCAUCUGUUUCGCCAAUAUGGCCAUCGCCAUGCUAGAGCCGGCUCUGCCCAUCUGGAUGAUGGAGACAAUGUGCUCCCGAAAAUGGCAGCUUGGUGUUGCCUUUCUCCCGGCCAGUAUCUCCUAUCUCAUCGGAACCAAUGUCUUUGGGCCCCUCGCUCACAAGAUGGGAAGGUGGCUGUGUGCAUUCAUUGGGAUGAUUGUGGUGGGAAUAAGCAUCAUAUGUGUUCCUUUUGCCAGAAAUAUCUACGGCUUAAUAGCACCAACCUUUGGCGUUGGAUUUGCCAUUGGUAUGGUGGACUCUUCCAUGAUGCCGAUUAUGGGUUAUUUAGUGGAUCUCCGGCAUGUUUCGGUGUAUGGAAGUGUCUAUGCUAUCGCCGACGUGGCCUUCUGUAUGGGCUUUGCCUUUGGUCCGUCGGCUGGAGGCGCCAUAGCUAAAUCCAUUGGCUUCCCCUGGUUAAUGACCAUUAUUGGAGUAGUGGAUGUUUUAUUUGCUCCUUUGUGUCUGUUCCUACGGAGCCCGCCAGCGAGGGAAGAAAAAAUGGCAAUCCUCAUGGAUCACAAUUGCCCCAUAAAAACCAAAAUGUACACUCAGAACAGCGGGCAGCCCUACUACACAGGAGAGGAGGAGGAGUCGGAAAGCGACGAAUAGAGCACCCCAAGUUGUGCCCUACAUUGCCGGUUGUACAAUGCACAUCGUUUUUUCCCACCAUGCAAAGACAGAUCUUUACUUUACUGAUCUCGCCCAUCUUACAAUGACAGUAAAUAAGCCAAAGGAUUCCGUUGCUCCCCACUUUAUUGCAGCUUUUCAUGUUUGCAUGCCCAGCGGGCAGACUAAAAUACACAAUGAUGACUUGAGUAGAGCAUUUAUGGCUGCCAAGGGCAGAGAACUCACUCAAAAUGGCCCUAAAACCCAACUUAGCAGAAUUACACACUAGAGAAGCUCUACAUUGGGAAGGUCCAAAGGCCUUCAAGCUGAUUGCCCCACCCCAAGGGGGUUAUAGCCCAACAAUAAUCCCAGGGCCACAGCUUAUAUAGUCUUUACCUACAUAUAAAAUUAAUAAUACUGUUUUCUUACUGGUCCCUAUAGUAUAUUAACAAUUUCAUAAGGAACAUGUAUUUUGGCCAUGAUGGUCACCACUAUCCUAUGGUAACUGGCUUGAUAUACACCUUUAUUUUCCUUUUGAUAUUGUCUAAUGGAGAUAUUAAGCAGCAAGUGUAGACUACACCUUCCUUAGCAACCCCCAUAGCUACCACCUGUCCUAAGCCCAAUUCAGCAGGAACAGCCCCCUAAGCCUCUAUAUACCAUAACUCUAUGAAACCAUGGUAAAUACAUUGUACAUUGUCCAUCUGGGGAAAGUAAAGGGGAUAUUAGCAUUUGGGCCAGGUCACUAACCUGUAGACCAAUCGGUGAGCUUUGUGCAUUGGGAAGACUAUAAUUUACAUUUUUUUUGUUCAUUUAAUGAAAUGGGUCCAUUACACACAAAAUGGCGGAGCUUUGCCUAUCCCCGAAUAGGAGAGCGCAGAACCGCAAAUAUCAACUGCUGCUUUCAAACCAAAAGUAAAAUGGUGGCCCAUUGGUUCCUAGGCAGCCUGUAUCAAUAGAGAGGAUUGGAUCCCCACAUAUAAUCAAACCCACAUUGCCAACCGCCUUAUCAAGGAGCUUUUAUAUAGCUGUUAUUUACAUAGCUAUAAAUAUUGUUGAAAAACUUUAUUUUAUGUAUUUAAUUUUAUUACAUAAUAUAUUUUUAACUACUGUAUCUGUACUGUAAAUGUGUA